AUGAUUGGGCAAAUGGGAAGAUCUGAUCUUUCCUUGUUUCUACGAUUAUUCUUUGCCUCUUGCCCUCUCCUCUCUAUCUCUCAAUGUCUUGACCGGACGUCGCUCCAUGCCUCGACGUCGGAACGUCCCGCAUCCGCUUCGUUCCCGAUCGCCUAUCCCUCCGACCAGUUCAAGAGCUCCGGGGGACUAUACUUUCCCGGUCCAUGCCCCGUCAAGAUUCGACCUCGUCAAUCUCAACCUUACGAAGAAGCAGUACCAAGGCCGCUGGGGCUAGGGGCUGCGGGAGCCGGGGAGGGUCGCGGGAGCGGGAUCGAAGACAACAGCGAUGGAGGUGGUGAUCGAGGGUCAGGUCGAGGGGAUCAGAAUGACGAUGUGACCAAGGAGACGUGGAACGGGGAUGAAGACCGUCCGGCUGGCCAUGACAAGGAGGAAGAAGACGAUGAAGAGGGUCCGACUGCCUGUGACGAGACGGAAUAUCACGGACAUGCCGGGCGUUCCGGCGGAAACGCAGCCCAUCAUCUUAACGAUUGGCCCUAGGUCAACGCUAUGGCGGAAGUCAAGCCAAGUGGCGGGAACGUCGUGGAAAGAAUCGCCAGGGGCGAAGACGUACGUCGAAUUGUGAACUCGUGUCUGUACAACAGCUGACCGGCGUGCUAU